GCACGGUCUCUUUUAGCGACGGGCGGGCGCGCGCAACUGGUCGCCUGCUCCCUGGUCCCUUGAACCGAGACAAAAAAGGAGAGAGCGAGUCAGUGUCCACAAUGUCUUCGCCUACUGACGAGAAAGUAGAGACUAGAGCUGGACACCCUCCUGCGGUAAAAGCUGGUGGAAUGAGAAUUGUUCAGAAACACCCUCAUGGUGGAGAUGCCAAAGAAGAGAGGGAUAAAGAUGAUCAAGAAUGGGAAAGUACCAGCCCACCUAAACCAACUGUGUACAUCUCUGGUGUUAUUGCAAGGGGUGACAAAGACUUCCCUCCUGCAGCUGCUCAAGUGGCCCACCAGAAACCUCAUCCCUCCAUGGAAAAGCACCCUCCCAGGACAACGCAACACAUCCAGCAGCCCCGCAAGUGAAGGCCUGUCCCCGUCCUGCCAGACCAGCCCUCCCAGAACUACAGGAUUUCUCUUAGAUUUGACAUUUAUAAAGCAACAAGAAACGGUUCAAUUUUUUUCCUAUCUAUCUCUGUAGAGAAAUUUAAGACAAAGCAAAUCAGUAGCUUUCUUUGCCUUAUGUUUCUUUGUUUACUGUCUAAAAAUAGAUUAGAUAACCUUGUAUCUUGUUUACUUAAAUACAAACAACACUUGAAUCUCAUUCCCCCCCCCCCAAUUUAGAAUCCUUACUCUGUUUAGCUUUAUUUGCAGUGAUGUUCUUAAAAGCUAGUUUUAGUAGUACUGAAAAAGUUGCCUUUGAUUUGUACCACAAAGUGAAGUGUGAUAUUUAAAAACAGUUGUGAACACAUUUUGGUAAAGGUUAGGAAAAAAUGGGUCAUUUUAUAAUCUUAUUUUUACUGGACACUAGGGUCAUACCGUGAAGUCCAGAGCAAAAUAGGGAAGUCAAUUAAAAUUUUAUGCUGUCUGGGGACAGCUGGGUGGCUCGGUGCAUUGAAAACCAGGCCUCAAGAUGGGAGAUCCUAGG